GUCAAUAUGACAUCGACCAAGCAACGCAUUUCAGCUGUCCUUUUAUUGGCCAUCUUCGGCAGCGUCAGCGUGCAAGCUGCGCCAUACAUUGGAGGUCGUGUGGUUAACGGCACCGAUGCUCAAGUAGAGUCCUAUCCAUUUGUGGUUUCUAUGCGUGGUGCAACAGGCUCUCACUCCUGUGGUGGCUCCAUCAUAUCGGAAGAGUUUGUAAUGACAGCAGCACAUUGCACAGAUGGACGGAAGGCUAGCCAAUUGUCCAUACAAUAUGGCGUAACUCUGAUUAAUGCUGCAGGCCCCAAUGUAGUCGGCGUCAAGCGCAUCAUUCAACACGAACUAUACAACCCAUCAAAUAGCUACGCCAAUGAUAUUUCACUGCUGCAAGUGGAGAGGCCUUUCAAAUUUGAUUACAAAACCAUUGCGCCAGUUCAACUACCUCCUUUUAAUUUUGCCACACCACAAAAGGAAGAUGGAGGUGCAGGCGUGCUUGUCGGUUGGGGCCUAAACGCAACUGGCGGCACCAUUCAGAAAAAUCUGCAGCAGGUAGAACUGAAGGUAUAUUCGGAUGCUGAGUGCCGCUCUCGCCAUGAUGGCCGAACCGAUCCGGCAUAUCACAUUUGCGGUGGUGUUGAUGAAGGUGGCAAGGGACAGUGCAGUGGCGAUUCGGGUGGACCUAUGUUGUUCGAUGGUCAGCAGGUGGGCAUUGUCUCCUGGAGUAUUAAGCCAUGCACCGUGGCACCUUAUCCUGGAGUCUACUGCAAAGUUGCGAACUAUAUUGACUGGAUUCAUAGAAAUCAAAUUAUUUUAGCCAAUGUCGAUUAAAACUUAUACAAUUUGCCUCUA